AUGGAGCCCGAGGCGGCGGCCGGAGCCCGGAAGGCGCGGGGACGCGGCUGUCACUGCCCCGGGGACGCUCCCUGGAGGCCUCCGCCACCGCGCGGGCCGGAGAGCCCCGCGCCGUGGCGACCUUGGAUCCAGACACCUGGAGAUGCUGAGCUGACCAGAACGGGAAGCCCGCUUGAACCUAGGGCUGACCAACACAGUUUUGGAUCAAAGGGAGCCUUUGGUUUUCGGCAUCCUGUAAGAGUCUAUUUACCCAUGUCAAAGCGUCAAGAAUACCUGCAGAGUUCCGGGGAGCAGGUACUGGCCAGUUUCCCAGUGCAAGCCACGAUUGACUUCUACGACGACGAGUCUACUGAGUCUGCUUCGGAAGCUGAAGAGCCAGAGGAAGGACCCCCGCCCCUCCAUCUUCCGCUCCAGGAGGUGGGAGGUCUGCAGGAAAACGGCCGGGGAAAGGGCAGAGACCAGGGUAUCAACUGAGGGCAGCAAUCCUUAGGAGGGGGUGACCCCUGGGGGGAGGGUCUGCUCCCUCGCAGUGUCUCCUCAAGGGGCGGCGAGGGCUCCUCAUCCAAAUGAAUCUGUCUCUGUCUUUUGGGCCCUGCCCCGGGACCUGCCCCCCACGUUCUCUUGGGGACACCCAAGCCAGGACACCGCGCAUCCCUGCUGAGUGUACAGAGGCUGGAGGCUUCCCGGGGCAGCCCCUGGCCCGCACACUACUCCUGGCAGAAAGUCAGCUUUUACUUUUCUUUCCCCUGGCGAUUCGUUUUUGGUGCACUCAUGCAUGCCUUUGAGAAAGGAUUCUAGGACAAAGAGAAGGUCUGUGUCAACAGAGGUGUUAUCCGGUAGAGCCAGUUUUCAAAGCUCCUUCGGCAUUGUCACUCGCUGAUCAGGUGAUGAAUUCUUCCUAGAUAGUCGCCCACUCCACCUCCUACUUAACCUGAGACUCAUUAUUUAGCUAUUUCUGCUUUUGUAGAAAUAAUUUAGAUAUUAAA